CUCAAGAAGCAGCUUUGCUUCUGCGCUCAACAAAUAAUCCAUCAAUCCAUCAACUAACGCCGUCAAAAUGUUCAAGAAUCUUUUCCGCGAGACCGGCGCGAAAGACGUCGUGACACUCUUCCACAAGCCGUCAGUGCCAGCAUCAGCUCGCGUCCUCACGAUCCUCAAACAAGCCAAUGCCCAAUCCGUAGCUCAUGCAACCGAAGAUCAGGCAAGCAACCACCAGACUCAGAGCAAAGUCGAGCGCCAUGAGUUCGAGCUCGACGUGACCGAGGCUCCCCCAACCAGCGACCAACUGAGGAACAUACUGGAGUAUCUUGGCGCUGGCGCCCCUGGAAGAGUCAUAAGGGGAGCGAAGGAUGAAGCAGAUGCGAUGAGGAAGCUGAAGGAGGAUGGAGAGAGCUUCCAACGACCGUUGGUGGUGGAUUGGAACAAGGGCAAAGCAGUCUUCGGUGAGAACCAGUCCGAGAUUCUGGCUCUCUUGAAGUCGAUACCGAAGUAGAGGGUGCCUCUUGUGCCCGUAUUGACCAAAGCGGCACCUGUAAAAUAAUCAUGAAUUGCAGUUGAGCGUUGAGGUGUUUUCAAAAGACUGCAUGGUGCAAACGAUGGCAAAACUCAUGUGUUUGGAAGAGGAACGGCCCGCCGCCGUGCAACAAACAAGUCACAUCAAUCGUGCCGGUAGGUACAAUUAAUCCAAAACUUAGCAGCAGCCAGCCAUAAAGGCGUAAGCAAAGGUCUGUGUACGUGAGUGACAGGCCCGUAGAAAAAAGCCAAUGAAGUUGAUAGCCACGGGAUUCGGCCGCCUCUAAUCGUAUACAAGUGCCGCAGUGGACUAGCCGCGGCGAGUACAUCUUUCAGAUUGAUUCUCCAUCCGUC